UGUUUGUAAGAACCAAGCUAAAACCCUUCACUCUUUCUUCUAAAACCCUUCUCCGGCGAUAAACAUGUCGGCGUUGAUACCGGAAACUUCCCGGCGAAUAAUUACGCCGGAAAGCAUCCGUUCGGCGGCGAAACAAUCGUCGAAAUGCCUCGUAAUCCCCGUUCGUCUUCGCCGCGCCAUUGAAAAAUAUCUUCAAGAGCAAGAAAUGGGGCAUAUGAAGAAGAAAGUACUGAGAUUAUCAGCAUCAUUUGCGGAAAUUAAGGAUGUAAAUCGGUUGCUUCCUAUGUCGAUUUCAAAGGAACUUGUUGAGGAUCCAUUGAAGUCGAUGGAACAAUCAAAGAGGUGGAAAAUCAAGAGUGAAUAUGGUGAUAUUGGAUUAACUUAUACUGAUGAUGAAACUGUUGCUUAUGUUGCCACUCGAAUGCCUGCUGUUUAUUCUGCUUGUUAUAGAAUCUUACGUGAGAUUAAAAGAAGGGUGCCUGAAUUUUCUCCUGUUAAUGUGUUGGACUUUGGGUCUGGUACUGGCUCGGCUUUUUGGGCGUUGAGAGAGGUUUGGCCAAAGUCAUUAGAACGGAUCAAUUUGAUUGAGCCCUCUCAAUCAAUGCAACGUGCUGGCGUUAGUCUUGUACGAGAUAUCAAGGACCUGCCACUUGUUCACAGCUACAAUAAGAUUCAAUCCUUAACUCAGGAUAUCAAGAAGGCUGAAAGGGCACAUGACCUUGUCAUUGCUUCCUAUGUUCUUGGAGAGAUUCCAUCACUGAAGGAUAGGAUUGCUAUUGCACGUCAACUGUGGGGUCUAACUCGAGAUAUUCUGGUACUUGUUGAACCAGGCACCCCCGAAGGGUUUAAUAUUAUAUCUCAAAUGCGAUCACAUAUUUUAUGGAUGGAGAAGAGGAAACGGCGUAAACUUGAAGCUAAAAUGCGUAAAACUGAUGGUGCUGCAGAAAACCUAGAAGCUUCCAAUGUCGGAGCAUUUGUGAUUGCUCCUUGUCCACACGAUGGGCCUUGUCCUCUGGCAAAGAGUGGAAAAUAUUGUCAUUUUGUUCAGCGACUAGAGAGAACAGAGUCGCAACGUGCAUUUAAGAGAUCAAACGGUUCACCUUUACGUGGGUUUGAGGAUGAGAAGUUUUCCUACGUCGUAUUGAGACGAGGAAAAAGACCGCAGGAUCCUUGGCCUCUUGACGGAAUUAAGUUUGAUACCUUAAAAGAAUUGCGUGCCAAAAGAAAUCCCGAGGAACUUGAAAUUGAUUAUGAGGACCAAUCUGAGCUAGAACCUGAUGAGAUUGUUCUCUCUGAGGCUCCUCCUUCAUAUGAUUCUGAUGCAACAGAAUCUGGUACGGAUAUUGAUCAUGAAGAUGAAGAGGAAGGAGAGCAAUUAAGCCGUGCAGAUCUGGGAAGUGGUUGGGGUAGAAUCAUCUUCAUGCCUCAAAAGAGGGGUAGACGUGUUGAAAUGGAUGUAUGUAGGGCUACCAAGCAUGAUGGUUCAGAAGGCUCAUUUGAUCAUUUGGUCGUUACUCGGGCUAAAAAUCCAACCUUACAUCAUCAAGCACGGAAGUCUUUAUGGGGGGAUUUGUGGCCUUUGUAGGUGAAGCCUAUAGUCUAUACUCAGUGCUCAAUUUGGAUCAAUAAUGGAGUGUAGCAUCUUUCUUGAAUUCAAUCUGAUUCAAGAUUGCAGUACAUUGAUUCAUGUUAGAUGCUUACAUUUUAUCCUUUGCAAAAUACAAGUAGCCACUAUUGCGACUGGAGUCUUAUAUUGUGACUCCAUGGCUCAAUUUGGGUAUCAAAGUGGAGGAUUUUUUUUGGGGGAAAAGAAAGAUUGUGUGUCCCAAAUUAACUAUGAAGACCUUUAUGGGACAAAAAUCUCAGUUGUGACUUUUGGCCUUGGAUUUGCUUGAUCCUCUGUCAAGCUACUGGAGAGUGCAACUUCAGAUUGACUGUAUUUAAAGAUGCGGGCUAACAUGGUCUCCUUGGAUGGACCAAGGUGUGCCUUUACCUUCGUGAUUCUCAGGUGCAUCAGGCUUCCAGCAAUCUAGCGGACUAUCCAGAAGAGCUGCUCCAGGUGAUUGCAAAAUCUUUACAUCUCCUUUCACUUCAUGUAUCAUGUAUAUAAGUUUACCACCAUAUUUUACCUUGUCUUUUUCCCAUCACAUUUUAGAUUUUACCUGAUCUUUUUCCCAUCACUGCAGUCAUGCUAUACGAAGAAUCCUUUUUUGAACUUGUUAGUUGUUACAUGUAUAAACAUGAGUCAUGGUUUAUUUCCACUUUACAGUA